CAGACGGCUAAGUCCAAAUUUUCCGGCCAAAGCGACAGACACACAUCAAAGACAGGGACGCGCAUCAUCCUCGCAAUCUCGACACCCGAUCGAAACGGCGGCCUAGAGGACAGGCGGUGACGAGAGACAUGGUGUUGGAUUUGGACCAAGCGAUAGCAACGCUACGACAAUGCAAGUACCUGCCGGAGCAAGACAUCAAGUCACUCUGUGACAUUGUCAAGUCGCUCCUCCUCGAAGAGUCCAACAUCCAGCCCGUCGCAAGCCCUGUGACGGUGUGUGGCGACAUUCAUGGCCAGUUCUGGGAUCUGCUCGAGCUUUUUAGAGUAGGAGGAGAGCCGCCAGAGACGGGCUAUGUUUUCAUGGGCGACUUCGUCGAUCGGGGCUACUUCAGCCUAGAGACCUUCUCGCUUCUCAUGGCCCUCAAAGCCCGGUGGCCGGACCGCAUCACCCUGCUCAGAGGCAACCACGAAUCGCGGCAGAUUACCCAGGUAUACGGCUUCUACGACGAGUGCCAGCACAAGUACGGGAAUGCAAAUGUCUGGAAGAGCUGCUGUCAGGUUUUCGACUACCUCAAUUUGGCUGCUAUCAUCGAUGGGAGGGUUCUGUGCGUCCAUGGAGGCUUGAGCCCGGACGUGCGGACAUUGGAUCAGGUCCGCAUCAUUGCGAGGGCCCAAGAAGUUCCGCAUGAGGGUGCAUUCUGUGACCUCAUGUGGUCAGAUCCAGACGACAUCGACACCUGGAGUGUCAGUCCGAGGGGCGCUGGCUGGCUGUUUGGGAAGACAGUGACGAGCGAGUUUAAUCAUGUAAACAAUCUCGAACUUAUCGCACGGGCGCAUCAGCUUGUUCAGGAGGGGUACAAGCUCAUGCACGACAACGCCAUCGUCACAGUCUGGUCUGCUCCAAAUUAUUGCUAUCGGUGCGGCAACGUUGCUUCGAUCUUCACUGUCGACGACCUCUUGAGCCUUGAUGGCACGCAAGGGCAAGGGCAGCAAAAUGGAGUUGCAGGUAAUGACGAAGACGACGACGACGUAGAGAGCCAGAGGGCGAUAAAGGGUGGCAAUGGCGGGUAUCCGGAGGAGCCGCCGACCAAGUAUGGGCCAGAACACUUCAAAAUCUUCGAAGCCGUACCGGAUCAAGAACGGACAACGCCGUCUCGAUUGACAACAUCACAGUACUUCCUCUAGCCUCUAUCAUUACUACUACAGUACAUUACCACGGUUUUGACGCAUACAAUCCCAUGCAUCGGUUUCAUGCACUC